AUGCAAGACGAGCUACCGUCGUAUGAACCGGGGACAGGUAAUCGUUCUGAUGAGGAAGACUCGUCGUCAGAGGAGUCUGCGGCCUCCUCAUUAUACGUAUCGAGGGAAACAACAGUAGAUGAAUACGAAGACAGUGAUUCAGAGCUUGAAAAUAAUGCGUCCGAGGUACCCGCUGAUGCCAUGUUGAUGUUCAAGCCAGUCCGCAACUACAAUGUUUUUAUGGAUGGCUUAAAGGAUGGUGAUGUUUUUAUUGGUUUGAAGGAUAAGCAAACUUUAUACAUAUCCGGAGUCUUCGAUUUACAAGUUGUGAAAGGUGGAAUUGUUUACAACAAUGUACAUUAUAAUGCAUCCAAACAACAAAUAAAAGUCUGGCAUCCGCUUUGUAACUCAAUUCCUGCUUUUCAAAGUUCUGUGUAUGCUGGGUGGACAGAAAAUCUGCACUCAGCAAAACACUCUUGGAUGGGCGAGUUUACAUGCGUUUUAAAAAUCUCUAGUGGGGCAGCAAAAGGUAUUAUGGAUUGUCAAAAACUGUAUCCAGAAUUGAAAUAUCUUUGGAAGAUUAAGAGCUCUGAUAAGCAGAUUGCUAAUGACUGUUCUUCUUUCAGCAUUCUUUCAGAAAUCGAUACAUCUUUUCAACCUUUGAAGAUUUCCAUGAAAUGGAGAGAUAGCAUAGAAAAACUACAAAUGUUUCAUAAGAACUGCCAACAUGAUAUGCGAGUCAUGGUUAUUGGGGCGAAAAAUUCAGGCAAAUCUACUUUUUUAAGGCUGCUUGUCGAGAAGUUCUUGUCUAAUAGCUCUCGGAAACAUAUUGCUUCUGAAGAUUCAUUACUGUACCUGGAUCUCGAUCCAGGUCAACCGGAAUUGUCACAUCCUGAUUGCAUGUCUUUAGCUCAGAUAAAUCAGUUUUCCAAGAGCUCAUUGGGCAAUAAUUUUGGACAAUCUAACUUACAGUUCUUAAAACAAUGCUAUUUAGGAUUAACCUCUCCGCAAGACGAUCCAAAGUUAUAUUUAGAGCUAAUUGAUUCCUUGAUUCAGUCUUUUGAGGAUCAAAAUUUCGUAGGUACAUCACUACUGAAUCUGCCGGGAUGGGUCAAAGGCUUUGGUAUCAAUAUUAUAAAUCAUGUCAUUGCAAGGUAUAAACCUACGAAUAUUAUAAUAAUGGAGAUAAACGAGAGGUACAAUUUUUCUGAAGAAUUAGUUAUUCCAGAAACUUUUUCUUCGUCUCUGCAAGACCAAUAUGCACCCUCAAUAAUGAAAUUAACACCAUACCAUCCCCAGCAUUUGCACAUAAAUCCAAGCAGGCUUUCAAACUUUGAUGUAUUUAACCAACAAAAAUUUCAGGCAUCUCAGUUACGUACGCUCAAAACUCUGUUAUUGUUUCAUUCGACGGACAAAUCAGAGCAAGAGUUAAAUUAUGAUUUUAGGCCGCUUUUGCUGCAGGCUCCCAUGCAGGUAUCAAUAGGUGUUAAGGAGGGAAUAUCUGCAAUACAGUUUCUGAGUGAGUUUCAAAAUAUGGAUAAAGCAGAUAUAAGGGGUGCGUUAGAAGGAACCAUUGUUGCAUUGCAUCGCUACGACAUUCUUGCUGAGGAUGACAGUUUUGGUGAUAACAUAAAAAAGUCAGGUAUCUAUCCGCUGGUUGGUAAAGGGAAUGUACAGAAGUUAAAGUAUGUUACAUUGGUACUGAUUCAUUCUAUUGAUGAGGCGAAUAAGGUUAUGAAUGUAUAUUUACCCCUGUGUGACGAGAAAAAGAUUCAAAAUUGUCAUGGUUCAAAUACCAGAUGGAUUCUCAUGAGAAGUAAGACAGAAACACCGUUGCACGAGCUAUACCCCCCUCGUGCUCUACUCGAAAAGUAUGGAGAUCUGAAAAAACAAAAUUUCCCUUAUAUAUCAACCGAAAGGAGGAAAAAACAGGAGCACGUCUGGAAAGUCCGGAAAAAUGUUCAGAGAAGGGGUCAUUUGAUGAAAUAG